AACAGGAAGAAACCGGAUUAUUGCUGGUGUAGACAGCUCAUUGCUCACUAAUGGGAAUACCCGAGCACCUACCUGCAUCCGACUUCACAACUCAGGACUCCGAGCGGUGACGCUAGCAGGCAGGCUAGCUAAAGAUGUGAAAAUGGCGGAGUUACAAAUGCUUUUGGAAGAGGAGAUUCCAGCUGGACGCAGUGCAUUGCUUGACAGUUUCACCAAUUUGGAGAGAGUUGCCGAGUACUGCGAAAGCAACUAUGUUCAGUCCCCAGACAAGCACAGGGCCCUGGAGGAGACUAAGAACUACACCACCCAGUCCCUGGCCAGCGUGGCCUACCUGAUCAACACCCUGGCCAACAACGUGCUGCAGAUGCUGGACAUCCAGGCCUCGCAGCUCCGACGCAUGGAGUCCUCCAUCAACCACAUCUCCCAGACAGUGGACAUCCACAAGGAGAAGGUGGCGAGGAGGGAGAUUGGCAUCCUGACCACCAAUAAGAACACGUCUCGCACGCACAAGAUCAUCGCCCCGGCCAAUCCCGAGAGGCCUGUCAGAUACAUCCGCAAGCCCAUUGACUACAGCCUACUGGACGACAUGGGUCACGGAGUCAAGUGGUUGCUAAGGUUUAAGGCCAGUGCUCAGAACAUGAAGGCGGGAGGAGCUCUCCCACGCACCAACCCCCCCACUCAGAAACCCCCCAGCCCACCAAUCACAGGGAAGGGAACGCUUGGGCGACACUCCCCCUAUAGGACCCUCGAGCCUGUUCGUCCUCCGGUCGUCCCUAACGACUAUGUCUCCAGUCCGACACGCAGCGCCCCGCCCCCCCUGCAGAGCCCCGCCCACCCAGCGUCUCUCCCUCAGAGGAACCGCACGUACAGCAGUGGCAGCAGUGGGGGCAGUCACCCCAGCAGCAGCAGCAGCCGGGAGAACAGCGGGAGUGGCAGCGUGGGCUUGCCCAUCGCCGUGCCGACGCCGGCCCCGCCCAGCGCGGCGUUCCCAGGUACUGCUCCUCAGUUCUUCAGUAUGAACCGCCCCCCCCAGCAGGUGCAGCCUGGGCUUCAGGUGGGGGGCUCCCUGCCCUUCCGCCGCCCCUCCUCCGUCACCGGGCAGCCCGGCCCGCCCCAGACCCAGCUGAACGGAGGACCGCACUUCACCCAGAACCCAGCAGGACCCCCGGCCCCCCCUCCCCCCUCCUUGCAGGUCACCCCCCAGCUGCCCCUGAUGGGCUUCGUGGCCCGGGUCCAGGAGAGCAUCUCAGACGUGCCUCCUCCCCCUCCCCCCGCGGACGAGCCGGUGUUUGAGGAGGCCACGCCCCCUCCGCCGCCCCCUGAGGACUACGAGGAUGAUGAGGACGAGGAAGAGUCGGCCGUGGUGGAGUACAGCGACCCCUACGCUGAGGAAGACCCCCCCUGGGCCCCCCGUAGCUACCUGGAGAAAGUGGUGGCGAUCUACGACUACGCGCGGGACAAGGAGGACGAGCUGUCCUUCCAGGAGGGAGCCAUCAUUUACGUGAUCAAGAAGAACGACGAUGGCUGGUACGAGGGCGUGAUGAGCGGCACCACCGGACUGUUCCCUGGGAACUACGUUGAGUCCAUCAUGCACUACGCUGACUGACCCCUCUCUCUUGGGGGGGAGGGGGUCAAAGGUCAAAGACUUUGUCGGACAGAGCAUGAUCACAUUUGCGCGGGACAGGUGGUCACAGCCGAGGACUCGGACGGCACGAAUGAACAAGCAGGUCUUAGAGACGAAGUUGGUUGUUCGACGGCCACUAUAGAUAUUCCCUUUGUCUGUUGCUUUAACUUGAUUUCUUUAUUUUUUUUCCUGAAUGGAGAGACUGUUGGGUGGUGUCGUGUUUAGUUUUUUUUACCGUGCUUGGGAGAUGAUUUUUGUCUUGACCAACAGAAAAAGCCACAAGGAAUGUUGUGCUUCUUUAGCUGCUGAUUGUGUUCGAUGCUCUGUUUUACCCUGUGCUUUGAAUCUGUUUAUGGUGACAUGGUAUUGUGAGGGAGGGAGGUGUUCUACUGGGAGACAUGAUGUCUGUGCUCCAGCUGAAGAACCAGGGAAUACCUCAGAAUCCUGGAACACCACAGUUCAACACUCAGAUACUUACUUUAUCACUAACCCGAGGCGCUGAGGUCUAGGUCAGCGUGAGGGGCAGAGGAUCAUGCUUCAGUACUUUAUACUAGGUCAGGAACACUGACAGUCACUGAGAUAAGCACAUCGUCUUAAUCUGACAAAUAUGAAUAUAUAUAUAUAUAUAUAAAGAGAGAGAUAUAUGAGAUACAUUAUCAUGUUUAUGGUUAUAGAUAAUAAAUUAAAUAAUGUUCCUUGCUCUCAUGAGCCAGUUUUAAGCCCUUCUGUCUGAGCCUGCUUUGUAACAAGCUGGCUCUGGGCUCCUGGCAGAUUAGUGACCCGUCUAAGUAGCUACGGGCAUGGCCGGCACACGGGAGGAGGAGGGAAGGGCCGGCACACGGGAGGAGGGCAGCGCCGGCACACAGGAGGAGGGCAGGGCCGGCAUACGGGAGGAGGGCAGGGCCGGCACACGGGAGGAGGAGGGCAGGGCCGGCACACGGGAGGAGGAGGGCAGGGCCGGCACACGGGAGGAGGGCAGGGCCGGCACACGGGAGGAGGAGGGCAGGGCCGGCACACGGGAGGAGGAGGAGGGCAGGGCCGGCACACGGGAGAAGGAGGGCAGGGCCGGCACACCGGAGGAGGAAGGAAGAUGACAAGAGGAGGGGGAUCUGAAGUGCACCAUCACACAACAGAUGAAGUGAUAUGUCACUGCCUCCAUCUGAAGGCACUGGCCACUCAUGGAGUGUUUUUAGUGUAUAAGAGGUUUCGAUAUUUGGGCUUUAUUUCCUGUUAUAUUGAUCCUAGUGGAUCUUAUUUAAGGAGUCUGCUGGGUUAUGCAGGAAGUGGCAGACUGCAUGUUUAGAUCAAACUUAUUUCUUUCUUUUUUCGUUAUAUUGAUGAUUACCGUCUUAAUAUUUUAGAUAUGGUGUGGUUAUUGGUUUGGUUUUGAUAUUCACCCAUAUUACCAUCAUUAAAGAGGGAGGGGGGGGGACUGACUUAUGCAUUUAGAUGGUUAAUGACGCUUGUGCCAUAUUGAAGUGUGUGUAUGUGUGUGUGUAGGUGUUUCAAAGGCAUCACUUCCAUUUGCAAUAAAUUGUUUGGUGUAGGAUCAGUUGGAAAUUUAGCCUAGUCUUUGAGAUUGUCUUGGAUUGAAAGCACGUUUGUAUUGCGUAUAAGACAACUAAAACUAAAUUGAUAAAUUAAGCUGAAUUAUUUGCUCAACAGAGGAUUGAUAAACUGGAAUAAUCGGUAAUCACUGAAAGUUGAAAA